UCUCUAUAUAAACCAUGCUUGCGAACCCCAAGAUCAUAACACAACAAAGCUUGGAAAUAGCCAUCCUCAACUAAGAAAAAUGAAUUUCAGUAGCUAUUCUCGAUUCCUAAUAGUAUUUGUAGCCCUUGUAGGUGCUCUUGUUCUUCCUACCAAGGCUCAAGACAGCCCACAAGACUAUCUAAGGGUUCACAACCAGGCACGAGCAGCGGUAGGCGUAGGCCCCAUGCAGUGGGACGAGACGGUUGCAGCUUACGCUCGGAGCUACGCAGAGCAACUAAGAGGCAACUGCAGACUCGUACACUCGCGUGGGCCUUACGGAGAGAACUUGUCCUGGGGUAGCAGCGACUUGUCUGGCGUCUCGGCCGUGAACAUGUGGGUUAACGAGAAGGCUAACUACAACUACGCUUCCAACACGUGCAACGGAGUUUGCGGUCAUUACACUCAGGUUGUUUGGAGGAAUUCAGUGAAACUCGGAUGUGCUAAAGUGAGGUGUAAUAAUGGUGGAACCAUCAUCAGUUGCAACUAUAGUCCUCGUGGGAACUAUGCGAACCAGAAGCCUUACUAAUGCGUGAUCAUGCAUAUACAUAACACACGGACAUAAAAGACGUGUCUAUAUAUAUUUCAAUAAGAAGCAUCAUAUGUAGGAUGUUAUCAAUAUUUAUUAAAUAAUACAAAUAAUUAAGAGCAGAACUAUCCAAAGUUUUCAUAAUAAUAAGUUAUGCUCUUAACUAUUAUGAUGAACUAUAAUAAGUUUCUUUUUUGAAAUUUUUUUGUUGAAUAUCGUUCUUGUAAUAGUGUUGUAGACUAUCUCGCUAAAGAUUGUUUAUAUGAUGGUGAUUUCUGUUCUGACA